GCAUCAGGCUUUAUCCUACUUGUUCCUUUGGUGAACCAGGUUUACUUAAAUUUGAAAAAGAUGACAGACCUCUUAAGAAGUGUUGUCACCGUCAUUGAUAUUUUCUACAAAUACACCAAGCAAGAUGGAGAAUGUGGCACAUUGAGCAAGGAUGAGCUAAAGGAACUUCUAGAGAAAGAGUUUCGUCCAAUUCUGAAGAACCCAGAUGAUCCAGACACAGUGGAUGUCAUCAUGCAUAUGCUGGAUCGAGAUCAUGACAGAAGACUAGACUUCACUGAGUUUCUUCUGAUGGUAUUCAAGCUAGCUAUGGCCUGCAACAAGGUCCUCAGCAGAGAAUACUGCAAAGCUUCAGGGUCAAAGAAACAUAAGCGUGGUCACCGACACCAAGAAGAAAGUGAAACAGAAGAGGAAGAAGAGGAGACACCAAAACAGAAAUCAGGUUAUAGGCAUUCAAGUUGGAGAGAGGGAGAUGAGCACGGUUAUGGUUCUGGGGGUUCAAGGGGAACUGCAAAACGUAGACGUGGGUCCAACUCCAGGAGGCUGGGAAGGCAAGGUGAAUUGUCCAGCUCAGAAGGAUCUGAGACAAGUCACUAUGGCUCUAGCUAUGGUCACUCCUGGAGUAGCAGCAAAGAGAGACAUGGUUUGAGCUCUGGAGGGCUAGGAGAAAGAAGAAGCAAGUCACAUCAUAGCCCCUCUAGGGAAUCUGGGGAGGAACAUGAAUCUAGAGCUGAAUCAAAGAGCAAGGGAAAGAAAAGUCACGGUGGUCUUUCACAAAAUGAACAUGAACCAAAUUCUACUCAGACAAGAAAGAGUGGAGGACAAACACCUGCCUCUACCUCUGCAGGUUUAGAAGGCAGCAAGGGACAAAGUCAUGCAUGUGGAUAUAGCAAUUCUGGUGAAUGUAGAAGACCACAAAAUGCUUCUAGUUCUUGUCACCCAAGUGGAUCUGGAGGUCAAGGAAAUCAAUCUAGCUAUAACCAGUCAGGUUGUCAAUCAGGAAACAGUAGAGAAUAUGGUCAGGGAUGUAUCUCAGGGGGUCAUUCCUCUGUAUGUCCUCAAUCUGAGCCUAGCUCCUGUAGGCACUCUUCUGGUCAGAGAGGAUACAGACAUAGACAGUGUGGUCAGCCACAGAACUGUGGAGGACAACAGAGAAUACAUUCAAGUCAGUCCUCUUGCUAUGGACAACAAGGCUGUGGCUCAGGUCAAUCUUGCUGCAGACAACAUGGGUCUGGAUCAAGUCAAUCCACUGGUUAUGCUCAGUGUGGGUAUGGUACUGGUCAGUCCUCUUCCUACGGACAACAAGGCUGUGGCUCAGGUCAAUCUUGUUGUAGACAACAUGGGUCUGGCUCAAGUCAAUCCACUGGUUAUGGUCAGUGUGGGUAUGGUACUGGUCAGUCCUCUGGUUACGGACAACAAGGCUGUGGCUCAGGUCAAUCUUGCUGUGGAAAACAUGGGUCUGGAUCAACACAGUCCAGUGGUCACUGUGUAUCCAGCUCAGGUCAGUCCUCUGGCAUUGGACAACAUGGAACAGGACACUCCUCAGUCACAAGACAAAACAGAUCAAGCGCAAGUCACUAUUCAGGCAGGGAACCAACUAGUUCUACUUCAAGUCAGUCAACAAGCUCUGAACAACAUGAGUUAGGCACAAGCAAAUCACACUCUGGUCCACAAAGGAGUACUUCAGAUCACUCUUCAAGGAAUGAACAACAUGGCUUAGGUUCUGAAGAAAAUUUGGGAUCACAUCAGACUCACACAAGAUCCCAACAAGGAGAAGCAGGAUUAAGGCCUCAAGGGAGACAGGGAACUCCUCAUGAGCAGGCAAGAGACACCACCAGGCACUCCCAGUCACAAAGGGGACAAUCCCCUCAGUCUGGCAGGGCACCCUCUAGGAGAAGGGCCCCAUUGACCAGUGAGUCCAGCGGCACUGAAGAGCACUCCGAGUCCUCACACACACACUCAGAAGCCGCUCAGGCCCAGCCUGGCUCUCAACAUGGUCAGUCGCCAUCCAGACCUCAGGGAAGACAGCAAACUCCAAAGCAGCAGUCCAGAGAUACCUCGAGAUAUGGCCAGCAAGCUCAUGGACAGUCCCCACAGUCUGCCUCAGGAGCACCUGCCAGAAGGGCACAGUCUCACAGCCAGGCCAGCGAUACAGAGGAGCAUUCCCAAGGCCAACAGGGACAAGCAAGAUCUCCUCAGCGAUCUCAACAUGGAGAGUCAGGAUCCAGGCCUCAAGGGAGACAGAGAACUCCUCAUGAGCAGGCAAGAGACACCACCAGGCACUCCCAGUCACAAAGGGGACAAUCCCCUCAGUCUGGCAGGGCACCCUCUAGGAGAAGGGCCCCAUUGACCAGUGAGUCCAGCGGCACUGAAGAGCACUCCGAGUCCCCACACACACACUCAGAAGCCCCUCUGGCCCAGCCUGGCUCUCAACAUGGCCAGUCGCCGUCCAGACCUCAGGGAAGACAGCAAACUCCACAGCACCAGUCAAGAGAUACCUCGAGACAUGGCCAGCAGGCUCAUGGACAGUCCCCACAGUCUGCCUCAGGAGCACCUGCCAGAAGGGCACAGUCUCACAGCCAGGCCAGCGAUACAGAGGAGCAUUCCCAAGCCCCACAGGGACAAUCAAGGUCUCCUCAGCGCCACACCAGGUCCCAACAUGGAGAGUCAGGAUCCAGGCCUCAGCGAAGACAACAAACUCCACAUCAGCAAUCGAGAGAUACCUCCCGACAUGGCCAGCAGCCUCAUGGACAGUCCCCACAGUCUGGCUCAGGAGCACCUGCCAGAAGGGCACAGUCUCACGGCCAGGCCAGCGACACAGAGGAGCAUUCUCAAGGCCCACAGGGACAAGCAAGAUCUCCUCAGCGAUCUCAACAUGGAGAGUCAGGAUCCAGGCCUCAAGGGACACAGAGAACUCCUCAUGAGCAGGCAAGAGACACCACCAGGCACUCCCAGUCACAAAGGGGACAAUCCCCUCAGUCUGGCAGGGCACCCUCUAGGAGAAGGGCCCCAUUGACCAGUGAGUCUAGCGGCACUGAAGAGCACUCCGAGUCCUCACACACACACUCAGAAGGUGGUCCGUCUCAGGCUCGAUCUCAACGUAGAGCUUUCGGAUAUAGCCGGGCACACCUGCCUCAUACUCACUCACAUGCACGGGAUAGCAUAAGGAAGUAUUCAACUCACAUUCAUACUUAUUCUGGAUCAAGGAGUGGUCAAUUCCAAAAUAAUGGUCAACAUAUACAUGCAUCCAACCAUCGCUGGAGACAUGGUAGCUAUGGCUCUGCAGGAUAUGACUAUGGUCAAUCUGGAUAUGGACCUUCUCAUGCCAACAGAACGAACAGCCAAAAUGCUAAUCCUCUGAGAUCAUCAGAGAGAUCUAGAAGUACACACGUGUCUAACCAUGGUCAAUCCUUUUCCCUAUCUGACCAUGUUGGGUCCAAUGCAAGUGAAAGAGUGAGAGCUCCAAGUUCUUCUCAUGUACAUUCCAAUAUAAUUCAUGCCCAGUCAGUUGAUCCCUACAAUCAGUCUGGGUCCAGUAUAUCUAGAAGGGGAAUGUGUAGUCAUGAUCAUUCUUUUUUAACUGCAGAACCAUCAAAUGACCCUGAUUUUCAACAUGAAUACAGUAGAACAAAAAAGCAAUCAUCUAUUCAUAAGAAAUGUAGUGAUGACUCUGAUCCUAGCCAUGCAGACUACAUAUCUUUUCCUGGACAUUCAGAAUCUAGUUCAAGUAGAACCCAACCUGGAUUCAGUGCCACUGAAGGGCAAGUAUAUAGCCAUAGCCCAUCAAGUGCCAGUGAUGAGCUGCUGAUUGACACCAGAAUCAGAAGUCAAAGAUCCAUUUCCAGUUACUAUCUUGAUAGCCAAGAACCUAUGGAAACUGAAGCAUAUAGAUAUAAAUAUUUAUCAAGUACAGCCACAGUGGGUGGGGGAAUUCAAGGACAAGAUUUAGAAUCUAAUCCAUCUGAGUGGAUCACAAGAUACAGUCAGAAUUUAGUUGACAAUCAGCCACGAAUCUCUGAGGCCAGAGGUUACCAUGGGAGGGGGAGAACUGACUUAGAUUGCUUCUACUCAGAUAGCAACACUCCACUCUAUGAAUAUGUCCAGGAACUAAGGCAUUAUUAGACAACCAAAGAAUCCAUGACAAGAACUAACUGAAAGAAGAAAUGAAGCACUGUAAAAAAAUAAUAAUAAUAAGAUAUAUAAUGCAAUCUCUUUUUGUUAGUAGGACUGUAUGUCUGUUCUUUUAUAUUAACUAUAUUACUUUACUAAUUUUUUGAUGCAGGAUCUUUAUAUAGUAUUCCAUAAUCACUAAGCUCUUUGGAUAGAAAAUAGUGAAUGGAAGAAUGGAAUAGCAGUUGGGAUUACAUCACAAAUAUAUAAUAAAAUGAUUGGAUGUUUGCAGAAAAAAAUGAGUAUUUAAAAAUUCCCUGAGACUCAAAAUUUGGAUUUUCCUGAUUUUGUUUUAAUGGUUAUAGCAAACCUAUCAAAGAAGCUAAGCAACAUAGCUGAGAAGCCAAAAUUUCUUAAGUAACAUUAUAAUUACUGUAGUUCCCUAGAUGGAGAUGCAGAAUAUUUUCAUCUUUUUGUUUCACCACUGGACCUCCAUACUACUACUUUUAAAUUCAUUGACAUGACCCCCUGGUUAUAGAAACCAGACAACUGUAUUGCAUUAAAACUGACAAUAAACUUUUCAUCAAAAUAUUCUUCAUCUUCUUUUUCAUCUCCACGAACACAAAUGCAGAUCCCUGUCAUGGUGUGAGGGGAGCUGAACAUUUUUCUUGUAUCUCUGGAUACCUGCAUGGCAGUGAAGUACUCGAAUAUUAGUAAUUAAAGAACUCCAAAGAAGGCAAAA